GAACGUUACCGACAAUUACAUGAAAGAAAUCAUGUGGAAAUUAUUUCACUCACGCCUAUUUCAUUUCGUCGAAAUAUUAGGAAAGCAAUGAUGUGUUGUGACGAUAGUAUUUUGAUAAAUUUUGCAAAAGAUACCUGGGAAAGUGUGCGGCAAGCGUGAAUAUCAAUUCGGUCCCUACAAAAUGUUUCCGCUGUGAUUUAAAUCAAACAUGACUACAAUGAAGAAUCCUAAUUCGUCGUCUUCUAAGCUCGCUCUUCUCAAUCACAUAAAAUACGAACAUCUGGUUGCUGGUAUAUCUGGUGGCGUUACCUCUACUCUUAUCUUGCACCCUUUGGAUUUAAUUAAAAUUCGAUUUGCUGUAAACGAUGGACGGACAGCGACGGUUCCGCGAUACGACGGCCUCGGCAGCGCCUUCGUGACCAUCGUAAAGAAGGAGGGCUUCCGUGGCUUGUAUAGAGGUGUCACGCCGAACAUCUGGGGCUCGGGGUCCGCGUGGGGCUUUUAUUUCUUAUUCUACAAUGCCAUAAAGACAUGGAUACAAGGCGGCAACGCGCGAACACCGCUAGGGCCCGGCCUACACAUGCUGGCCGCGGCCGAAGCGGGCAUACUAUCGCUCGUUAUGACGAACCCCAUAUGGGUGGUGAAGACCCGCCUUUGCCUGCAGUACAGCGGCGAACACCUCGCCGAGAAUAAGAGAUACAACGGCAUGAUCGAUGGCCUCAGCAAAAUAUAUAGAACCGAGGGGAUCCGAGGGUUGUAUAGGGGUUUCGUCCCGGGGAUGUUUGGCGUGUCGCACGGUGCUCUCCAGUUUAUGACUUACGAGGAGAUGAAAAAUAGGUACAACCAGUACAGGAACCUGCCUAUUGACAUCAAAUUGACGUCGCUGGAGUACCUGACGUUCGCGGCGGUGUCGAAGCUGCUGGCGGCGGGCGCCACGUACCCGUACCAGGUGGUGCGCGCGCGGCUGCAGGACCAGCACCGCUCGUACGACGGCGCGUGGCACUGCGUCACCGAGACAUGGAGGUACGAACGCGUCCGCGGCUUCUACAAGGGCCUCACGCCGUAUCUCCUCCAUGUAACGCCGAACAUAUGCCUCGUUAUGCUCAUAUGGGAGAAGUUCACUAAUAACGAUUGAUCCGCCGCCACGUUGUUCGGUAUCUGAUGGGAAUUGCGUACACGGCUAUAUGCGUUCUGUGCUCUGUGUUAUCUGUCUGUGCUUUGACAGCUGUCAGCGGUGCGCGCGAGGUAAGGGUGCGUGGAGCGGGAGUUUUUGUUUUUUUUUAAUUUUAUUUUUUUAUUAUUUAAUCUGGAUUUAUUUAUUUAGAUUUGUUUAUUGUUAACGUGCAUUUUUAUUGUAUUGUAAUCGCUCUCGAUCCGUUUGUAUUUGUAUCCCCUUGAUGGCGAUGUAUUGACAAAUAAUGUUUGUUACGCUAACGGUUUUUUUUUUCUUUGGUUUUGUGAUUAAAAUUGUCGAAUGAUCAUUGUAUUGAGUUGUGACAGGUUUCGUUAAGUGUUUGGUAAUGACGAGAUCACUGACGGUUAUCGUAAUAUGUACGCGGUUAUGUUGGAUAAUUAUAAAAUGUAUCAUUCAUCUAAAAAUUGUAGCGUAGCGAGUAUCAGGGUUGUCUAUUUAUUAUAUAUGUAGAAUCGCACCAAGCCAAAAUAGCGGAUGGCUUCUACUAUAUUAGAAAUAGUUCAGAAAUACUGAGCAGCAAAACAAUGCACCACGUACCUUUAGAGAUGCUGCAGGACAGAUUUUCACGACAAUUAUCGUGUUUUCGCGGGUCGGCGCUCGCGCACAACCGAUGCGACUCGGUCGACGGCGGAAGUACAAGUGUCGUGGUGCAUGACAGUUGCAUAAACUUUGACAACCUUUGAUUGCAUACUCUAUGCCAAACAUCGAUAUCGAAAAAAUAUACGAGUAGCAUUUUUGUGUAUAUCAUAUUAUAAAAUUAACACAAUACAACAGACACAUAGAGACAAUGAUAAGUAGACAGCCCUGAAUAUUUAUAAAUUAUAUAUUUAUGUAAAGCCUGUCUCACGACAUAUGUUGUGUUUAUUGAUUUAGUCUAUUAAUAUAAAUGUAAUAUUUGUUUGUCAUAUGUUAUGUAACCUCUUUAUUUAUAGUAGUGUAACUGUUCCCAUCAGAUCGGUGUUAUGUUAACUUUGGCGACCGUCCGGUUGCCGCAAUAUAGAUUUAAUUUAAUUUUUUGUGAUAAUAGUACUUAGAAUCCCAUUAAUAUUAUUAAUAAAUGUAAAAGACAUGUUUCCCAUCUUUUACAUAACGUUACAUGUGUGGUGAGACGACGUUAGGUUCCAUAAAAGAUAGAUUUGUUUCAACUUGUUCUUUUAACAUAAUAAAAAAAAUAGAUUAUAUCACUAGCAAGUUCGAAGCUGUUCUAUCGAGGCUUUAGAUCAUCUUCCCGCCUAAAAUAUAAAUACAUCUCAUUGGUUUGAUAUUUCUUUGUUAUAAAAUAAUUCAGUUGCUUCAUUGUAGCCAGCAGUCUCGUUUAGGUAAAUUGAAUUAUUUCGAAUUAGUAUAAUUUCGUAGAAUUUUAAUAUUGAAUUGUAAUUAGUGCGUAUUUCACACGUGUCAGUAAGAGAUAGCGAUAUUGUGGAGUGUGAUAUUUUUUACAAUUUAUUAUAAUAAUAAUUCUCUUUCAUACGACAUACGACACAUCAUUUAUCUAAUUUAUAUUAUCGACACCUAGGUAUUAAAAAUGGUUUAUAAUUCGAAUUAUGCAUUAUCAUUUCAAUCAUUUUUUUAAAUUAAGAUCAUGUGUAUAUUUAUAAAAUUCUUUAUGAAAAGAUUUAGAUAUUUUUUAGAAUAUUUAAGCGUAAGGCACAUCUUGCCGUUUGAAAAUGUUCUCUACGGCCAUUGACAGUGGGUUGAUUUUGAAUCGAUCCAGGUUCUUACUGAAAUGUGUGAAAUAUAAGAAAAAGAACACCAAAUAACUAUGAUAUGUGAUGUUUGAUAUUGCACAUUAAUUAUCGAAUCAAUUACUUCGGUGGCUGGCCACGCUCAUUGAUGCAUAUAUUUUUAUAUGAUCGCUCGUAAUUUUCAAUGUUCUAACUCGCCUUCAAUUUGUGUAAUCAAUAAAUGAUAGCAGAUUGAUA